CCUGGGCCAGCGGGACUCCGGGAGGUCGGACGGGCUGGUCGCCGCUGGGCGGACCUUGGGGCCAGAGCCCGCCGGAGACACCCAAGUGCUCGGUUCCCCCCCGGGGGCCGCAGCCCGGGGCGUGUGGGGGCGCAGGCCCGGGGGAUGCUGGGCUCGGUGAAGAUGGAGGCCCAUGACCUGGCCGAGUGGAGCUACUACCCGGAGGCAGGCGAGGUAUAUUCUCCUGUGCCCACCAUGGCCCCUCUCAACUCCUAUAUGACCUUGAACCCUCUCAGCUCUCCCUACCCCCCAGGAGGGCUUCCCACAUCCCCACUGCCUACAGGAUCCCUGGCACCCCCAGCCCCCACAGUGCCCCUGGGGCCCAGCUUCCCAGGCCUGGGUGCCAGUGGCAGCACGGGAGGUAGCAGCUCAGCCUAUGGGGCCCCGGGGCCUGGCCUGGUACCUGGAAAGGAGAUGCCAAAGGGGUACCGGCGGCCGCUGGCCCAUGCCAAGCCCCCGUAUUCCUACAUCUCUCUCAUCACCAUGGCCAUCCAGCAGGCGCCAGGCAAAAUGCUGACCCUGAGUGAGAUCUACCAAUGGAUUAUGGACCUUUUUCCAUACUACCGGGAGAACCAGCAGCGCUGGCAAAACUCCAUCCGCCACUCGCUGUCCUUCAACGACUGCUUUGUCAAGGUGGCACGCUCACCAGACAAGCCCGGCAAAGGCUCCUACUGGGCCCUGCAUCCCAGUUCUGGGAACAUGUUUGAGAAUGGUUGCUACCUCCGUCGCCAAAAGCGCUUCAAGCUGGAGGAGAAGGUGAAGAAAGGAAACAAUGUGGCAUCUUCCACCAGGAAUGGUGCACCAGGGUCAGCCACCUCUUCCGCCAAUAUGCCUAAUGCUGCUGCAGUCACCUCCCCGGCUCAGCCCCAGCCUCCACCCCCUGAGCCCGAGGCCCAGGCUGGGGAAGAUGUGGGGGCUCUGGACUGUGCCUCACCCCCUUCCUCCACACCUUAUUUUACGGGCCUGGAGCUCCCAGGGGAACUGAAGUUGGAUGCACCCUACAACUUCAACCAUCCUUUCUCUAUCAACAACCUGAUGUCGGAACAGACACCAGCACCUCCCAAACUGGACGUGGGGUUUGGGGGCUACGGGGCUGAGGGUGGGGAGACUGGGGUCUACUACCAGAGCCUCUAUUCCCGCUCUCUACUCAAUGCCUCCUAGCAGGGACAAUUGACAAUGUGGUGGUGGGGACCAGCUGCGACUGACAUCUGGCUCUUGGAGCCUGAUCCUUCUGGGAAAAACAUUUUGCUUGUCCCAUCCAUUAACAUCUUGUUUUGUCUAUUACUGUGAUGACCCACUGGCUACUGUGAUAACUGCCAUGAACUCUGGUGGUGGACUUAGGAGGGUGUACUGUGAAGGCAACCAUAUUGACGGCAUUAUGAAGGCGGCCAUGUUGGGAGCAUUAUGAAGGCAGCCAUGUUGGAAUUCCUGGAAAGGCAAUGUUGGGUGUACUAUGAAAGCUUCCAUAUUGAGUGAUGCCACUGGCUCAUUCAUUGGGUGCUUGUUGACUGCCAUGUUGGAUAAUAUCUUGUUGGGCCCUUUGGAUGAUCUGAUGGACAUUUUAACUGACUUUCUGAGUGUGUGACAGUGACCCCGUAUCAGUGUAAUCUUUCCUGGCCCACUGUGUGCUGGGAUCACUUCUUUCUUGGUGGACUUCUUGGUAUACUGGGUGCCAUCUUGCAUGGUGUCCUCUUGACCCUGGAUGCUUGGAGAGCCACCCUAUUGGCAGGGUGACGUCUUAGUGUGCUGUCAUACACCAUGAAGGCCAACCACGGGCCUGUCGUUACCAUCUCUUUGGUGGGGGUUGGGUGAGGGGUAGAGAUGAGGAGACCCUGUGAUUUUUUUUUCCCCCUCUGAAGUCUGUUCCCCACCCUAGCCACAAGAAAGGGCUGGUGGGGGUAUGGGAACUUUCUACUGGGACUUGGGAUACUGGCUGUUUGACCAUUAAAGGCACUAUUUCCAUC